AUCCGUUCCUCAGUCGGAAUUUUAACAUCAACGGGAAGAGUUUAGUUAAGAUGAGUGUGUAAACCAACGAAUUUUUCUUUGUGCCUAAUAAAUUUUUGUGUGACCGGCCGUUUACAUCUGUUUGCCACAAUAGCGGUUUUUUUUUCCAUUACGAUCCCGCUUUUUUACAAUUUAUGUUGAUCGGAUCAUUAUUUUGUUUUUCCUAUACGUUCAUAUAAGGCAGCUUUUAUUUGCAAAAUUACACGAUGGUUGAGAAGAUUAUCGAAGAAACUGAAACCUACGAUACAGCAGACGCCGGCUUACAAUUAAGCAACAACUCGAACAGUAGCAUCGUUGGACGCGGGGGUGGGACGUGCAGCGGGGGCAACGGCAGUAGCGGGGGCAACGGGAGCGCCUCGGACUCCGGAGACCAGGGCGAGCCCCUCGACCCUCAGGCCCGGGCCCGCGAAAUCGCCCGCCACAAGGAGGAGGCCAAGAGGAAGCGCCGCAAAAAGAAGCGCACCGGCUCGUCCCUCGUCUCUUCUUGUUUCCAAGAUCUGUACAAGAUGACGGGGGAAAUAUUAGGUGAAGGAGCGUACGCCAGCGUGCAGACCUGCGUAAACCUCUACACCGACCAAGAAUAUGCGGUGAAGAUAAUCGAAAAGGUACCAGGCCACGCACGCGCCCGCGUCUUCAGGGAAGUAGAGACUUUCUACUACUGCCAGGGCCAUCCAAACAUCAUUCAGUUAACCGAGUUUUUCGAAGACGAGGAAAAAUUUUAUUUGGUUUUUGAGAAGAUUAACGGAGGACAGUUGUUGAGGAGGAUCCAGGAGUACAAGAAUUUCAGCGAGGCGGCCGCCGCGGAAAUAAUCCGCGAGGUGGCGUCCGCGUUGGCGUUUAUGCAUGCCAAGGGCAUCGCCCACAGGGACUUGAAGCCCGAGAAUAUCCUCUGCGUUUACAAGGAUCGCCUUUGUCCAGUCAAAAUCUGUGACUUUGACUUGGGAUCGGGCAUUCGGUUCCAGGCCAGCGUCGCAAGCCCUUUGGCUACCCCACAAUUGUUAACGCCGGUGGGUAGUGCUGAAUUCAUGGCACCUGAGGUGGUUGAGGCAUUCAUUGGAGACUCAGACACCCAGGCUUACGAUAAGCGAUGUGACCUUUGGUCGCUCGGAGUAAUAGCUUAUAUCUUGCUAUCCGGUUAUCCGCCAUUUUAUGGCAAAUGUGGCGAGGAUUGCGGCUGGGAAAGAGGCGAGAAUUGUAAUGCGUGCCAGGAUUUGUUGUUCCACAGCAUCCAAGACGGCCACUAUGACUUUCCUGAGGCGGAAUGGAAUCAGAUCUCCAUGGAGGCGAAGGAUUUGAUCGCGAACUUGUUGAUUAAGGACGCGAGGAAGAGACUCAGUGCCCAACAGGUACUUCAACAUCCAUGGCUAAAAUGUGCUAGUGACGUGGCAUCAUUGGAAACGCCAUCAAUUAUUAAGAAGAAUAACUCGGCCAAGGAGCUGAGUCAGUUUGCCGAGUCCGCCAUGGCAGUUAACAGGGUGUUUCAGCAACAUUUCAGUAUGAAUCUGAAUUAUUUACCGCCAGAGGCAAGGCCCAUUAAUACGGAGGGAAGUUCACGUCCACUUCAUAAAACUACUUGUUCGUCCGCCAUCUUGUUCGGUCUCAGUCCACCGAGCGAGAGCAAAUUGAUGCAACGUCGCUUAAAGGGACGCUCGCUGUACCUACAGCCACAUCCUGCGACCAACGCCAUCUCGAGCCCCACCUGCUAGUACUGCAUAGCAAAAAACAGUUGGCAACGCUGCUGGCAGUGAACAGGGGUGAGGGGGCGCAAAAAUCGGUUUGGGUGAUGACCAACAACAAAAAUGGAGCUCUGGGUCAUUAAAGGAGGAGGGGUCGAGAAUUUUAAUGAGUGGGCGUGUAAUACAGACUAAAUAAUUCAGGUUAUUGACUCUGGCUGUAGUGGUUUCUACAUAUUAUUUGUUUACACCGUGGGAGUAAUGUGUCUUCUAUGCUUAGCUGGAUUCAUUUCGUCUGUAUCUAAAGUCACUUUGGCGUGAAAUAAUGUACAAAAUAGCGUAAAAAUGUACUUAUAAGUGAGAGUUUAAAUGCUAUAUUUUAUAUCCUCGUUGGUGAUUGUAGUUCUCACUCGUUAGGAUUCUGGUAGUUUGACCUCUGUGGAAAAUAACAGUAGUAAAUCAUUGGUCUCCUAACAUUUUGUCCUUCAGUUAUUUAUUCAUUUUGAGAGUGAGAGGAAAAAUUCAUAGGUUUGUGAAGAAAAAAAAGAGGGAAGAUUAUGAAUGUACGUACAAGGCGCGUCUGCUAAAGCGCCUGAUAGUUUUGAUAAAAAUGAAUUGUCAUUUGUUUUAUUAUUGCUGAUCUACAGACCGGGAGUUUUUGACUCGGAACUCUUACUGAUAAUAUGGGUCAAAUUUUCAAGGGUCUGUGGAUGUAAAUUUUUUUUAUUGUGUAUCCUAUUCUUAAAAGAAAAAUAUUUGCUUUGUGUACUACCAUAUAAAUUUUAUUAUGAUUGAUAAAGUGAUCAGGAUUAUUGGCCGCCUUAGUAGACACGUUCGCGUAUUUGUUGAUUUAUUUUUUAUAUCUCAAUGUUUGUAAUAAUAUUUUUAUUGAUUGUUAAACAAUCGCAUCACCCAAAUCUAAAAAUUUAUUAUUAUUAUUAUUAUUAUAAGGUUUCUCAUGCCAUGAUUUAUACAAUUAAUUUUUUCAAGUUGUGUAAGCACAACCAGAAGUUUGUUUUCUUUUUUUAUACAUUUUAUAUUCAACGACCGAAAAGUCCGACUGAAUACCCGAAGAUCCCCCAUUUAGAAGAUGCUUAUUUUAAUGUUAUUUAAAAAAAUAAUAAAAACCUAAAAAAAAUGCCAAAGCAUAGUUUACGGGAGCUUCUGGGUUCACUUUGAUCUUCCGGUCCAGGCCUAGUUUAUAGAUACUGCGCUUGAUUUUUUAAUACUUUUGUAUGUUUUGAGGUAGAUUGUGCUAUCCAGUCUACGUUUUGUGAUAAUAAGUAAGUUGCAUCUGACAGUGCGAUUUAGCCGCACGUGAUAGACUGUAGACCGCCGUACCUGCUUUCACUUCAGUGAGAUACGGAACAUUAAAACUGUAAAAAUACACCGCAAGAAAAAGGCGUUUUGAAAAUGAAAACAAUAUUAAGCACGCGAACAUUAUUCAAAACUGUGAUUUUCAAUAUUUUAUAGUUUUAAGUAAUGUUUCGUACAUAGAUGAAUGUUUUUUUAGCCGUUAUUUUCAAAAAGAACUUUUCUUGUCUUGAUAAUGUGAAGAUCCUAGGGGCGCGCGUCCCAGUCACGUACUGACAGUCCAUUUGUAUAAUUGUACAAGUCCUACAUAAGUUUGGGUAUUUUUUUUAAACGAUUUUUGUAUCUUGGCUCAAUAUGUAUUUUUUGCCCCCCUAGAUUUAAAUGCAUCGGAUACAUACUGACACAAUUACGCAGUCUAAAAUAUCGACAAAAAAAAAUUUUUCCCUUGUAAACUUAUAUAGACUUAAUGUGGGAGGGAUAGAGAGAAGUUUACAAUCUAGGCAAAAAUGUCAAUUUCAUCUAAAAGUUUCUUAACACCAUCUAGGGCAUGAAACUAGGAAUAAUAAAUUUUGGAUUUGAUAUUGUGUUUCGUGAUUCUGUCAUUAUGUUUAUCCAAACUGGGGUUAUUUCGUCAAAGAAAGUUUAUUAAACAAAAAAAAAUGACAAACUGGCAUGACAUGGCAUAUGUAAUUAUCUUAUUUUUGACGAUUCAUUAAAUGAAUAGAAUGCUCAACUUCAGGUCAUUGUGAUAAAUCAGCAAUAAAAUCUUGUUUCCAGGAAAAUUGUCUUUGCCAGUUUGACAUUUUCAUCUUCCAACACUCAGGGUUGUAUUAAGUUUGAAGCGGGCGAGUUGACUAGCUUACAAAACUCGUAUUGGAUGAAUGAGUAGCCGAAUGACUGGCCAAAAAGCGAAUGAAUGCAAAAAUAUCCCUAAGUUACUGACAAAUCAGAGUAUUCUUCUUUUUAACAUCAUCAUCAAAAGCAUUUAUUGCUGCAUUUCGCAGUGCAACCAUCGAUUGUUGUAAUUUAUAUGACCAUGAGUGCCAUUGAAGAAUUUUAGUGUUUACUUGGUAAGAGCCUUGUGUCCAUAAAAUGGAAUAUUAAAAAAAAUAUCUGCUCACUUACAGUAAACGCUAGAACUCUGAAUUACAGUGUUGUUUUCUACUUAUUUUUCUUAAAAAGAAUUAUGUCUUUAUACCCGCAGAUAUUCAUAUCGCAAAAGUUUGUGUUAAGGAAAUUUCGUCUCGUCAAAAUAUCUUUUUCACUUUCAGCAGCAUACGUUUUUUUGGGAGAAUAAUUUUAGAAAUUUCUGUACCGAGCGUGCUUUAAUUUCUUAAAUAAAGACCGAUUUUUCUAA